CAUAACUCGUCCAUUAUAUUUUAUUCUCCAAAAAAAAGGUGGAGAAAAAACAAAGGAACUUUAUGAUUAAGUCCCCUCACCCGUAUUUUGGAUAACACUAAAGAGAGGGAGUGGACAGAGAUGGAGCUCAACUUCUCUACUAACUCAAUACUGUACACUUAGAGGCAACAAGAAGAACAAAAAGCUCUCUUUUUUCAUAAUCAAGAAUGGCAUAGAUUCUCUAAAAGACCCUAUAUUGUAUGUUCUUUUUUUUUUUUUUUUUUUUUUUUUUUUAUGAUUCUUGAUUUCAUGGCAGUCCCAUUAAAUUCAGUGUCCACAGCAACAAAUCCAUCACCAGAAAAUGCCAGAAACUCUUGUGUUUUUUUACCAAAGUUCCUUCCUUUCUUCUAUACUAAGUCCAUUUCAAGAAAUCUAGCUUCUUCCCAUUCGAGUUCAGCUGUAAAAGAACAGGUACCAGUAGCUUCAAAGGGGAGUAGUAGUAGUAGUACUAUUUUCACUCUGCCCAAUUGGAGGUCAGGGAAAAAUGACCCAAGAAACAAAGAAUUUAGACUUUAUGAUGCCUUUUUGUAUUUGGAAUACAUGGUGGGAAAGGGACUGAAGCCUGAUAAAAUCCAUGCAACUCAGCUUUUGUAUGAUCUUUGUAGUUGUAAUAAACUUAGGAAAGCUGCUAGAGUUAUGGAAAUGAUGGUGAGUUCUGGUACUAUACCUGAUGCUGCUUCUUACACUUUCUUGGUGAAUAAUCUGUGUAAGAGGGGAAAUGUUGGUCAUGCUAUGCAAUUAGUUGAUAAAAUGGAAGAAUAUGGAUAUCCUACUAAUACUGUCACCUACAAUUCUCUUAUAAGGGGCCUUUGUAUGAGGGGGAACUUGAAUAAAAGCUUGCAAUUCGUCGAAAAGUUGAUGCAGAAAGGGUUGGUACCAAAUGCAUAUACUUAUUCCAUAUUGCUUGAGGCUAGUUAUAAAGAAAAAGGGGUUAAUGAAGCAAUGUUGCUUUUAGAAAAUAUUAUUGCCAAAGGUGGAAGGCCUAAUUUGGUUAGUUACAAUGUUCUCUUAACGGGGUUGUGCAAAGAAGGGAGAACAGAUGAAGCGAAAGAGUUCUUUAGAAACUUGCCUUCGAAAGGGUUUAAUCCUAAUGUUGUUAGCUAUAAUAUCUUGUUGAGGAGCUUGUGUUUUGAAGGUCGCUGGGAGGAAGCGAAUGAGUUGCUGGCGGAGAUGGUUGGAGAAGAAUGUUCACCAUCGAUAGUAACAUACAAUAUAUUGAUUAGUUCACUUGCUCUUCAUGGCCAAACGGAUCAUGCCAUCAAGAUUCUGGAUGAAAUGUACUUUGGAGAACAGUUCAAGCCAAUCGCUGCUAGCUACAAUCCUAUAAUUGCACGUUUAUGCCAAGAUAGGAAAGUUGAUGCAGUAAUUAGUUGUCUUGACCAAAUGUUGGAACGACAUUGUAGUCCUAAUGAGGGGACAUAUAAUGCCAUUGCCGUGCUUUGUGAGGAAGGAUUGGCUCACGAGGCCUUCUCAAUUCUCCAAGCUUUGAGGAUCAAACAGAGCUAUCCCAUUCAUGAUUUCUGCAGAACUGUGAUUUCUGGUUUAUGUAGGAAAGGAAACACAUUUGCAGCGUUUCAGCUUCUGUAUGACAUGACAGCCCACGGAUUUACUCCAGACUCAUACACGUAUUCAUCAUUGAUCAGAGGAUUGUGCUUGGAGAAGAUGUUGGUGGCUGCCGUUGAUGUAUUCUACAUCAUGGAAGAAAAUGGAUAUAGGCCUGACGUUGACAAUUUAAAUGCGCUUGUGCUUGGUCUAUGCAAAUCCAGAAGAACAGACUUGUCGCUAAAGAUAUUUGAGGACGUGAUCAGCAAAGGUUAUAUGCCCAAUGAGAUAACAUAUACCAUUCUAAUUGAAGGGAUCAUCCAUGAAGAACACAAGGAGCUUGCAUCAGUAGUCUUAAAGGAACUGCAUCUGAAAAAAGUAAUAAGUAGAAAUACUGUUGAAAGACUUGUUAUGCAAUAUGAGCUUGAGGAGGAUAUGGCAGCAUGCUGAUCUUUCACAAUUACGACAGUGAGUGGUCACAGGAUGAGAAACUAACAAACGUUAUUCAUCAGCAAAUGCUAAAUACGCCAAAUCAACAGAAUUAUUCUCUUGCUGCCUGUCAGAUGGGAACUUUACACAACUAAUGAACCUUUCAGGAUAAUUGGUUUUCAGAUAUGGUUUUUUAUUUAUUCAUAGUAGGCUUUAAGAGGUGAGUGGUGAAACUUAUCGAUUAUCACUAGUUUGCUCUUGCUGUAUAGCUCCUUUAUCUGAAGCUUUCUUUCUAGUUGUGUAUUGUCUGAUAGAACACGCAGUGUUUGCCUUCCACCCAUGGUUAGUUUAAGUAAAUGUUGAGCAUGACAAAAUUGAUGUUGCACACCUAGCAUGGAUUAGUGACACUUCUUUUUCCAUAUAUGUGGAAAAUUUUGUA